AAGAGCGGGCCCAGCAUGUUCCUAUUCUCUUCAGGCGCACAUUUAGUUUGCAUGCUGGCAUCACUAUUGUUUGAAUGGACCCUUUCAAUGGGCGAUCAACUUUGGUGUGGAGAGUUCCUCAUUGGUCGAUCGUCUUGCUCCUGCUCCGACUCCAGUCAGUUCGUUCUCGUCAGGCCGUUGCUCAACAUCACGUCCUUUGUCCUCAGUCAACGCCAUCAUGGUUGACGUUAAAAUUGUGACCGGUGAACGCUCUAAUGGAACACUGUAUGUGGCCGAUUCUUUCAUAUACUGUUCUAAUCGGAGUAGUGGUGUGUACAACUUGCGGUGCAACACCGUGAAUGGUUGUCCCGGCACGGCAGUGUAUUGCGACGGGGACUCAUACAUCCGCACCCUCGCCGCCCAUUCUCACCCCCCUGACCUGGAUGAAGAGGAUAGGGUUCUUUUCCGAAAUGCCCUUCGUGUCGACGCAAUGUCGACUACCCUGGACGCCGACGAAAUCAUCGCACCUCUUUUUGCAAGGCAUCCAAAUGGCUCAUCCAUUCUAACGAAUGUAGAGAUGAACCAAGCAGGCCCGCCCUUCCGCAAAACGGAUUGA